AGGAGAUAAGGUCGGGUUUCGUCCUCGCGAGUGACAUUACAAGAGAGAGCGAGAGCGAGAGAGAGAGAGGGAGAGGAGAGGAGGAUGUCUCAUUCUUCUUCUUCGCUGGUCGCUUCUGCUCCGUCCACAAUGGCAGCUACUGCUCGCGUGUCUCCAGCAAUGGUGGGAAGCAGCUCCUUCGUUAGCGGUCAGCGGCUCUGCUUCAAAAUGAAUAUGAUGCCCUCCUCGGCCAUGGCCUGCCCGACCACAACACGACGGCCUUCUUUCAUCGAGGCCAAGGUCGUCACCCGAAGAGAGAACCGUACCUUCCGCCACGAGAGACUUCGGAAGAAGGUUACAGGUACCCCAGAGAGACCAAGAAUGAGUGUUUUCCGUUCCAACAAACAUCUGUAUGUCCAAGUGAUUGACGAUACCAAGAUGCAUACGCUAGCUUCAGCAUCUACAAUGCAGAAACCAGUGUCGGAGGAGUUUGAUUGUUCUUCUGGUCCAACAGUUGAUGUGGCAAAAAAAGUGGGUGAAGUCAUUGCCAAGUCUUGCUUGGAAAAGGGCAUCACAAGGGUCGCCUUUGACCGUGGUGGUUAUCCUUACCAUGGACGCAUAGAAGCUCUUGCUAAUGCUGCACGGGAGAACGGUCUUGAGUUCUAAAUGCUGGCAAAUCAUAUUAAGAGAACCAAAUUUGUUAUUGGCAGAAUUGGAAGAACAAGCGUGCAUGAGCUUAGAGUCCAAUCGAUCCAACCUUGUGUAUUUGUGAAGCUUUUUGUUGGUUUGGUAACUGAAUCCAUGACCACUGCAAAGUUUGUUGUCCA